AUGCAGAGAGGAAAGGCGUCACAACAAUGGUUCCUUAAGUUCUCUGCUGCUCAGUUGCGUUUGUGUUUCUCAAGGGCUACUGGUGAUCAUACCCUCUUUGUCAAGACUUGUGCUGAUGGACAUUUUCUUGCAGUGUUAGUGUAUGUGGAUGACAUCAUUGUGGCAAGCACAAAUGCAUCCAAAUCUAAAGAGUUGAUCCAAAAUUUGUCUCAACAGUUCAAAUUGAGAGAUCUUGGCGUUCUUAAGUACUUCUUGGAUCUUGAAAUAGCUCAAAGCAGUGAAAGUAUCUCUGUUUGUCAGAGAAAAUAUGCUUUGGAGACUCUUUCUUCUAUAGGAAUGCUUGGAUGCAAGCCUAUCUCGACUCCUAUGGUUCUGAAUCUUCAUUUGUCUAUUGAUGAGGGUGCUCCUAUAGAGAAUCCAGAGAUGCGUCAAAGCCUUGUUGGACGGUUAAUGUAUCUUACGAUCACUCGACCAUAUAUCACAUAUGCUGUCAACAAGCUUUGUCAAUACUCCUCUGCUCCUAAGUUACCUCAUCUUCAGGCAGUCUAUAAAGUGUUGCACUAG